AUGACCACGCAGCCUUCGAACGAGUCCGAGCUGCAGCUGUACCGUGUUCUGCAGCGUGCCAAUCUGUUGGCCUACUACGACAUCUUCAUCUGUCAAGGAGGUGAUGACCUGCAGCAGCUCUGUGAUGCCGGUGAAGAGGAGUUCCUGGAGAUCAUGCAGCUGGUCGGCAUGACCAACAAGCCGCUGCACGUCCGUCGACUGCAGAAGGCACUGCAAGAGUGGGUCACCAAUCCAGGUAAGGCGCCAGUGUUGACCCUCUUUCAGUCGAUGGCGCCCUUUCCUUCGCCCAGCAACUCCACGCUAAGUCCCAUGUCAGGCGGUGCACCCUCCACUGGUGCCGGCACAGGAGGUGCUGGAGGUGUUGGUCCUCUACCACCACAAUCUUCCUCUGGCCGAUCUGCACCGGCCACUGUAGCAAACAACAGCAAUAACAGCAGCAGCGGAAAUCAUCACAGCAGUAGUGGUGGUCAGCACAGCCACAGCCACAACAACAGUCACUCCAGCAGCCAGCAAACCAGCAAUCACUCCAGCAGCCAUCACAAUCAGUCGCAACAGUCGGCUUUGGCGCAAAAUAGUCCCAACCACGUCAGUGGCAGCUUCAUGCAGGCCACCUUCACCGGCAACAUGUCCACUCCUUCGCCCAACCAAUUUCCGAAUCCACUAAGUCUGAGCGAGUACAGUCAGCCGUGCAGUCCAGUGUCGAUGAAUCCAGUGCUUCUGGAGCGACAGAUUCAACGCCUAGCUGAGGCUGCGGACACACUGGUAAAGAAUCUGCCACCAAUGGAACUAAAGCCGCUUCUAAAUGGCAACAAAAAACGCAUCAACAAGGAUAUUGAGAACAUCAUGUCAAUGUCGGAGGAUGAUCCCCGGCGAAUGGAGGCCAUUCGCAAGUACGCAGCCAUCUACGGCCGUUUUGACUGUAAACGUAAGCCCGAAAAGCCGUUGACACUGCAUGAGGUGUCAGUCAAUGAAGCGGCUGCACAGAUUUGCAGCAAAAUUCCCACCUUGCUAUACAGACGAGAUGAACUUUUUCCACUGGCACGCCAGGUGGUCAGGGACAGUGGCUAUCAGUACUCGAAGGGUCACUCCAGAUCGCAAAGUUGUCGUCCAUACGAUGACUCCAACAGUGAACAGUCAAAGCGAAGGCGCACUGAGUCUAGUCCAAUGGGCAAUGAGGCAAAGAAUGCCAUCAACGAGGAGGAGCGAAAGCGACGACAGGACCGUCUGGAGGGCAUCAUUGAUCAGCUAAAGUCACUGGGCAAUAAGCAAGAGGAGCUGAAGGGGCAGAUACAGGAGGCAAAUGAGCGACAGAACUUUCAGGAGGUGUCCACGCUGCAGAACGAGCUGGAGAUCAUUGCCGACCACCAGAUGCAGCUGGUCAAUGAGAAGGCUGAGCUGGAGAAGCANGAAUGA